GAAUAAAAAUUCACUCUCUAACACUCUCUAAACGCGUAGCCUACUGUCAAAAUCAAGGUCGAUUUCUGGAAAAAUGCAAUUUAUUUGUUACACUGCGUAAAUUAUUUAAUUAUUUGUAUCUAUCCAAAAUGUAUUCUAGAUUGAAAAUAAGAUGGUGUGGAUGUCCUAGAACAUCUGGAGUACUUUGUAGAUAUUUGAGUAGUGCCGAAAUUUCAACUGCUCUACGACCUUUUUACUUUAGUGUUCAUCCUGAUCUUUUUGGAAAAUAUCCAGAGCAAAGAAAAAUCAAUGAGAAUUCAUUACAACAAUUAAGUGCUUUAAUAGAGGCUCAGCAGUCUAGUCGAAGAUUAUCAAUACCUCCUUUAUCAUUUUAUUUGAGACAAAAGAAUAUGCCUGAAGGUGAAUUUAAAUUAGUAAAAAUUAGUUUAAAUGGUAACAAUGUAAGAGAAACAGUAGUCAAAGUAUUAAAUGCCUGUGAUAUGUCAACAAAGUUUGUAGACAAAAUCCCGAAAACUUCUUCAAAAAUUGAGAUAAGUACACCUGACUUUUCUAAAGCCUAUCAAGAAUAUGCAAAGGACUUUGAAAAUGUGACUAGAAUGAAAAGAAAAGUUGAAGAAAAGAAAGCCAUUAAUAAUAUUGUUGAAUGGAUCAUUGAAAACAGUGUUAUAGCAAAAGAAAAGUAUGAAUCGACAUCUGCCACAAGAGAUCAAGUCAAAUGUUUGAAAGAACAUCUUUGCAAUACUUAUGGUAUAAAAGAAGUAAAAUACGAUAAUGGUUGGAAUAUAAGUCAUAUACGAGGGGCGCUACAAAGUCUGGUAUCACUUGCCACCCAACACUCAAAUGAAAUGACCAAUCUAGAAGGUAGAAUUAUAGCUUUAGGGCAAUUUACUGGAGUAAGUUUAGAUGGAGAUGUAUACCUCAAUAUAAUUGAUGUUAGGAAUGAAUGGCUUUCGUUAAUAAAAAAAGUUAGUCAAGAAGACAGUGCUCUGAUUGAAAUACCUAAAUAUGAGAAAGCAUUAUCUAGUAUUCUAAGAGACAUACAUAUAUGUAGAAGGAAAUUUAUGCCGAAAGUGUCCGCGUUUCAGUACUGUAAUCAUCUCAGACAAUUGAUCACUUCUAUUGGCGACUUUUAUGGCCACGGUAGCAAGUUUCCAUCAUCUGUACCAGAAUCUCUUAGCAAAUAUCAAAUAGUUGUAGAGCCAGAAGCAGGCCCUUUAAUGGUGUCGCCAACUGGUCAAUUCAUUACUCCGUCGUCGUGUCCCGCCGGUGAGCUCAUAGCGUAUAUCGGCAAGCAUCUGGAUGAAGCAACAUUACUCAUGACAGAGUAUAACAUAAAUAAACAUGUCGAAAAAGCGCUUUAUAAAGAAGUACUUGAACGCUUUGGACUUUUAGAGUUGCACAAAGAUGAUAGCAUUACUCCAGGACUUAUGAUUCUCUGUUGUCAAAGAUUGCUAACUAGAAGUGAUAAGCUUCAUAUGAAGUUACAAGGCAAUAUUUUAUAUAUAACACAUUAUUAUUCUGUAUUAUCUGAAGGAAUAUUAUGUAUACCCUGGAAUUUCAAAUAACCAAUACUAGUAUAGCAAAAUGUAUACUG